AUGGCGGCGCCGCGACUGCGCCGCAGUGACCGCCCGCGGGGCGGGGCGGGGCCGAGCCCAGCCGAGUCCAGCCGAGCCCAGCCGAGCCGAGUCCAGCCGAGCCGAGCCCUGCCGAGCCGAGUCCAGCCGAGCCCAGCCGAGCCGAGCCGAGCCCAGCCGAGCCGAGUCCAGCCGAGCCCAGCCGAGCUCAGCCGAGCCCAGCCGAGCCGAGCCCUGCCGAGCCGAGCCGAGCCCAGCCGAGCCGAGCCGAGCUCAGCCGAGCCGAGUCCAGCCGAGCCCAGCCGAGCUCAGCCGAGCCGAGCCGAGCCGAGCUCAGCCGAGUCCAGCCGAGCCGAGCCGAGCCGAGCCCGCCCCGCCCACAGGCCCCGCCCCGCGCUCCCCGGGGCUCCGCCGCGGACCGGGGGGACGGAGAAGCGGCGGCCCCGCGGCCCCGCCCUGGGAAACACGCGGCGGGGCCGGCUCGGGGCCGGCUCCCGCACCGGGGGCCACCGGCUCAAGAACGAAGCUUUGAAACCUGGUUACGGUGUAGGUGCAGAUUUCGCUGUCACCAACCAGGAGCUGCAGAUGACGUAGCUGUCACCACAGACUCGCUCUUCGUGACUGGGGAAUGCCUUCCCAGCUUCUCUGCUUUUACCUUAGUCCAGAACCAAAACCUUACCCAGCUUAUCCACCUGUAACAGCCAUUUAGCUCCAGGACAGGCUGGCAGGGUUUUCAGGAGAGUAACACAGCAGACAGCCCCGCCCUCCACAUCAGCCAAACAUCCAGCUCAUCCUUGUCCAGUCUUAUGGCAAAAUGCAAAAGCUCUUUAUUAAAAAAGCAGAGCAAAACCCAAUAUAAAAAAUCAUGAACAGAAACCAACCAGUCCACACAGAAACUUUCAUUUUCCAUUUGUCUCCUAAAAUAUGUACUGCAAGAUCAUUGUUGCCCCAGACUCAUUGAAGGAACUCACAGGAGGCUCUCAAGACUGCUGGCCUCUUUCUCCAAUUCGGAUUCCUGCAACCCUUCCCUUUCUCCAGGUCACACAAGGCCUUGUGCUGUCAGGAGAGGAAUCACCUUCUCUCCCUUUAUGCUCUUAGAGGCAACUCCUCUGUUUUGAGACAGAAGCAUUGCUCCUCUCCAGGGUAAGGCCACAGCACUCAGCUUCAGGGGCCUGGGAAGCCAUGAGGACAGUUUUGCCAUUUGUCACAGUGAAAUCAAAUCCUGUUGCAUAUUGGCCACAACAUCUUCAGCCAAGGGCUGCAGUUCAUAGUGAAGAAGCACAGAUGCUGACCCCCAAUCACCCACUGGCCCCUUCUCUGCCAGUCAGUGUUGUAGAAGUUGAACCACAGCCAAAGCCCAGCUGUCCCACAGGGACAUGGACAGCACUGCACCGCAGCCCCUCUACACAGCUGUUUCUGUCCAUGCUGAACGCAAAUCUACUGCCCACCAACACAGCCAGAGCCACAGCAGGGAGGGUAAAUGAGCCAGAGAGGGCCCUGUCAGACUUUGCUUCCAUCUGUAAGCACUGGGUGAAAAAGCACAGAUGUGUAAGAUACGGUGCUUCCAGAAGUUUCAGGACCCCAAAUGGCUCCUGCCCACAGGGAGCUGUGAACACUGCUGUCGCCUUUUAUCAGGUUUCACUGUGAACAGCUCUGGCAUCCAAACGAAUGCUGCAGAAGGACUCUGCCAGGGAACAUACAAACCAACCCCCCAGUAGCAACAGGGUGUGCUGACAGGCUGGUGCUGUGUAAAAGGACACAGAAAAUACUUUAAACACUGGCAGCUCAGGGGAAGGGCUCCACAUCAUGCACUCAGACCCACGAGCCUGGAUGGUUGUUUCCUCCUCCCUUUUAUGUGGUCAGGAAGAAGAUUUAUAAAGAGUGAGAACAAUUUUCUGUGUUUGCAAGCCUUUGUGUCAUCCCGCUCUGAUAAAACUGUCCUGUUUAGGAAGAAGGAGCUGUACCUGAGUUGCUCACCCUCUCCUGACAGCAGGUAUUUGGAUCCUUUAAGCCAUGCUCUCAUUUCCUAGAACUGUGGGUUCCAAAGGGGGGUCCCUGCACAUAUGCCAUGAUGGCAUUUUGCAAGAAACUUGCUCGCUGGGCCUCCUCUUCCCUCACCCUGGAGAUCUCGGCCUCUUUCAUUCUCAGCUUCUCCAGCAGCAGAGAGACCUCACCCUCUUUGUCCAGCAGUGCUUCACGGUGAUUAUUUGACAGGGCUGUAAAAGAGCAGCAUUAGUAAACAAAAUUAAGGUGUCCCUAGAAUAAAUAAGAACAUGUUAUAGACACAGCCACAGGCAAUGGAAGUGGGAUGGUCAACAAGCACAUGAGAGAAGCUGCAUGAGACAACAUGAGAGGUUUUGCACAGACAGCAUGUUACACUUCACUGUGCAGGAAACCCAAACAUUUUGCUUGCUGUGCAGCUUUGGGUAGUUAUCUGAGUCUUGGUCUCUAUAAAAUGAGGACAAGAAUCCCUGCAAAUACACCAGGAUGGAGAGUACAACUCAUAAGUGUACGCACAGGCAGGAAGUGCAGGUGUUACUACCUGUAAGCACAGCUCAGUUCCAGACCCAGUGCAGGGUAACUCAGCAUUACCAUUUGAGAAGCAUGAAAGAAUCCAUCACCUUUCAGCUGUCUUUCCAGAGCUGCAAUCUUCUCUCUCAGCCCAUCCUGUGCUGUGCGUUCAGCUUCCAGGUGCCCAAUCUGCUCCUGUAAUUCCACCUUCACCUUAUUCACUUCUGUCACUUUCUCCUCUUCCUUACUGUUCAGGUCCUGACACACAAAGACAAAUCCAUGAAUGACCAAACAACUUCAGCAACUUGUUCUGUCCCUGUGGUGACCAUCUCUACUGCAGUCCAAAUUACCUGCUGAAGUUCCUCCAGCCGCCUCCUGAGUCCAUCAGCAUGCAGGCUCAACUGUUUGGCUCUGGCCUGGGCUUCAGCAACCAUUUCUUUUUGCUUAAGGCAGCA